AUGGGGUGGAAGGCAAGCCGUUGGGCCAGAUACUGCUACACCAUAGCAACUUUUUCAACUAUUGCGCCAUCGUUUGGCAAUUUCAACGCUGCGCGCCAGUGGAACGACAUCGGUUGGGCCACGCACGGCAAUUUCUCCGCCUCCGAAGCCCCGCUGAGAGCUGCAGGGAGGGAUUCAUUCGUGUGUCCCUGGGCUCCGUCGGACUUGUGCCCGCGCCCUCCCUGGCUUCGCCAGGGCUGUGCCCAGGCGCCGAUCCCGGGCCUGAGGGGUCCGGGCCGGCAUCGCUGGUGCGCGCGGUGGUCCGCUGCGGCCCCCCACCUGGCGGAGCUCAGCCGACCUUGGUGGAGCUUUCUGGUCUGA